AUGCCGAACGAUCCUCACACCGACCCUCUCGGACCCGUCACCCACGGAGAAGGAGAAAUGCUGACGUCAACGCCAGAUCGUUAUUGGCGCAUGUUCAACGACUUAGGGAUGCCACCCCCGUUAACCACGGUCGACCCUCCGGCCGCACUGCCCAAGGCGUUCCUCGCUCUCGCUAAGCAAGUGCAGGGAAUGAUGGAGAUAAUGCAAACCGUUGUCCCACUUAUUCCCGAAAUCAAGCGACUGACGGACGCCUCCGCCGACCCGGCCCAUCUAAGGCCGAGCGCGGGACAGGAUGCAACCGGUGAAACCCGAGACGGAGCCAUCCACCACGAAGGUUCGCCCACGCGCGUCUCUCCUGCCCCCUCUCGAGCCGCACGGCGCCGCCCCGAGCCUGACACCGUAUCGUCCGACUCGGCGGACAGCUUCCUUAAGGUACAAUUCUCCCAGGUCAAUCGCCGCCUGGACGAGUUCCGACGCGAGCUCCAAAGGUCGCGGGACGAAUCAAGCGAGGGCAUCUCGGGGGGGUCCCCUUUCGUUCAGGAAAUACAAGAAAAACCCAUCCCCCUCAACUUUAGGGUGCCGGCCCUCGAAACAUACGACGGCGGCUCCGACCCAGCAGAGCAUGUCGCCGCGUUCAGAACUCAGAUGGCCCUUUACGGCACGUCCGACGCGCUAAUGUGCCGUAUGUUUCCGACCACCUUCAGAGGACCAGCACGAGCGUGGUUCAGCCGGCUGCGACAAUCCUCGAUCGCGUCUUUUGACCAGUUCGCCAAAGAGUUCGAACAAAACUUCCUUACCAGCGCGCGGCCUCGGCCUUCCAUAGCCGCCCUGCUGGCACUAUCGCAGCACGAAGAAGAAACGCUCGCGCAGUUCGUGACGCGCUUCGCCGCGGAGAUCCGCGGCUAUUCGAACACUCACCCCUCUUUGAUCAUGCAAGCGUUCCUGACGGGGCUGAAACCAUCGAGAUUCUUCUAG